AGUAAUUUAUUCACUUAUUUAAGGUACUUGAGAGUUAAAAUAUUAAAUAUCACAACUCUAAACUUGCUGAUAGUAAUAAUAAGGCUAGUUAACUUAGGUAUGACUGAACAAUAUUUAUUAGAUUUUUUGAAAAAUAAAAGGAUGAUUUAAUUUAGUAAGUGGUUAUGCUCAGGGAGGGAAUUAAAUACAAUCUUUAAGAAGAAAUUAAAGUGGGGUUGGGAACUUGUAGUAGUGUCCCCUGCAAUCUUUCAAAAUCUUGUAGCAAUACUACUAUAUAUCUAUAUGUAUAUGUAGUUUUCUCUAUUAUUGCUCUACUAUUUUUGUUAGUUUUUGCCUUUAACAACAUUUAAUACCCAAGACUUGCAGUUGAUAAAACUGUAAAACUUCCGAAAAGAAGAAAAACAAUUAUACCUUUGCUAUAUACUUUUAAUAGCAGGACACAACAUCAUUGUAGUUGUUUCAGUCCCAUAAUAUGAUUUAACUUUUCGUUAUAAUAUAGAUUUUGCUUCUGAGAACCAAAAUUCUUAUGGCACCACCGUUUGUGAAAAUGUAAUGGGAUCAUUUUGCAUAGGAAAAUUAUUGAGUUAUGUUUCAUCUAUUAACAUUUAUUAGGAUAAUUUAAAAGUGACAUCAUUCUAUUAAUGAAUAAAAUAUAAUCUACUUAAAGAAAAGAAAAAGAAAUCUGCAGUAGUAAUAACUUUAAUUUUCCUGGUACAUGUGAAUUACAAGUGCAGUUAACAAGAAUUCUACCUAGCUGCUGUAUUUAAUAGUGGUCCCAUCACAUAUAAUUUUGACAGUUUAUGCCAAAAGAAAACCAGCUUCAUUAAGAGUAUCUAUAAUUAGCAUGUUGAGUGUGAAGCAAGAGAUAAGGUAGGCUCUGAAGAUUUUCAUAUGUGAACGUUCUGACAAUACAAAAUGUUACUUUUUUUGCCCUCCAAUUUAAAUUCACUGCUAUAAAAUUCUUGCUAUGAUUGUUAGGCCAUGGUCCACAGAAUUUAAGUUACUAUGUUAUCCAAUACUAGAAUAGACAAAUAGGACACAUACCCUCAACAAAGGGUUCUUUUCAGUCAACUGUAAUAUUCUCCGGCCACCUAUCACACCAUUUCUUUCACUCCUCUUCCUUUCCAAAUUUGACUAUCUUCCAAUUUACAUGUCCUUGUUACUGACCCAUAUAAUCUAAUAAAAUCUAACGUGCAUUCCUCUGAUAAAUUCAUUCAUUUUUUGUUUAAUACAAUGACCCCUCGGAUAUAUAAUAUAUGUAGCUGUUACAUUAUACCCUGCACAAGAAUCAAUCUGAUAGCUAAAAAGAUGAAUCAAAAGCAGCUUGAGCCACUACCUUUGCUAAGCAGCUUCCUUGGUUCUUCAACUUGUUCAUCAUCAGAACAAAAUCAAAAUCUGAAAGAAGAUGUGACAGUGGCCUUGCACAUUGGGCUCCCUGACAAUUCCCAUGAUAAUCAUAAUGUAGAACCUCUCCAAGCUCCAAAUAAUUACUGGAUACCAACUGAAGAACAGAUUAUAAUUGGUUUCAGCCACUUCUCUUGUCCUGUAUGCCCAAAAACCUUCAACCGCUACAACAAUCUUCAGAUGCAUAUGUGGGGACAUGGGUCAGAAUACAGAAGAGGGCCAGAGUCACUGAAAAGAACACAUCCAAGGCCAUUGUUGGAGAUAGCAUGCUACUGCUGCAAAGGAGGGUGCAAGAACAACAUAGAGCACCCAAGGGCAAAGCCUCUCAAAGACUUCAGAACACUGCAAACACACUAUAAGAGGAAGCAUGGACCCAAACCCUUCUCAUGCCGCAAGUGUUCAAAGAAUCUCGCUGUCAAAGGUGACUGGAGAACUCAUGAGAAGAACUGCGGCAAACGCUGGCUUUGUCUUUGUGGCUCUGACUUCAAACACAAGAGGUCUCUUAAGGAUCAUAUCAAAGCUUUUGGCUUUGGUCAUACUCCCUUCUCUUCUUCUUCUACUUCUUCUUCUCAUUGAUCUCUCUUCCUCUCUAUUCUCCAAUCUUACUAUAUAUUACUGCAAUUUCUUCGCUAAAACACCAUAUUAGACUCCCACGUAAAUAAUGCUAAUGCAUACAAUUUUUUUUUGGUUC